AUGACCGAACAAAUCGAUGAAUUCUAUGAACAGGACAAAUAUUUAAGAGAGCAACAACAACUAGAUAUUCAACUGCAAAGUCAACUAGAAACAAAACAACAAGAAUUAGUGACAAGAAUGAGAGAACAGCUGAAUUCAUUUCUUGGACAGAAAGACCUACUAAGAGAAGAACGUCAAGAACAACCUGAACGAACUGCGGGACUGCACAAUCACUCAGAAAUAUACCAACAUGACUGCACAAAAGAGGCCGGGCAAGAGAAUGGAAUUCACGGAAAGGAAGAGCAAAUAAAAGAGGAAAAACAACAAGUUUUUGAACUGCAUGGGAAUCAGUUAAGAACAGAUCUACAAGAGGUGAACACAGGGUUGACGAGAAUGAAAGAACAACUGAACGAUUUACUUGCAAAGGACGAACUUGUAGGAGAGGAACCACAACAAAUUGCUGAUCUAGUGCAAAAUAAGUCAGAAGGUCUCAGAAAUGAGUUGACGAAAAUGAGAGAAAAAUCGAAUGAAUUUCAUGCACAGGAUGAAAUACUACGACAGGAGCAACAAAGAGUUGCUGUACUGCGAAAUCAGUUGGAGACAAACAAGCAAGAGCUGACGACCGAAAGAAAAACUGAAUUAGAUGAAGGCAUGGAAUAUGAAACACUGCUUAGAGUAGAACGGCAGCGACGGAAUGAACUGCAAAGUCAGUUAAAAACAAACCGACGAAACAUAGCAUUGGCGAGAGAACAAAUGCAUGAAUACGAGAAGCAAGACGAACUUCUCAGAGAGGAAAGACAACGUGUAACCGAGUUGGAAAAUCAAUUAGAAACAAGCAGGCACGAUUUGGGGGAAAUUACAGUACGAUUGACUGCAUUUAAAAGAGAAAGUGAGCUAUUAAGAGAAGACAACCAAGAACGAGUUUCACAUCUGCAAAGUCAGUUAGAAAUCAUCAGGCAACAGUUGCAUGUAUUCAUGGGAGAACAGACAAACGAAAUUGAAAAUCAAGGUGAACGUCCAACAUGGCAGCAUAAGCGAGUUAUUCAGCUGCAGUGUCUGUUAAAUACAAACGAACUCGAAUUGGAAGAAGAACUGGUUGAAUUUAAUAAACAGGAAGAAACACCGAGAGAAAAACAACAGCGAGUUACUGGGCUGCAAAGUCAGCUUAAGGAAAGCGAGAAUGAAUCAACAGUAGUUAUGGAACAACUAAUUAGAUUUCAAGGACAAGAAGAACAAUUAAAAGAAGAGCAACAGCGAGUUACAGCUGGAGUUACUGAAAUGGAAAGUCAGAUAGAAAUAAGCCAGAAAGAACUGGAGACAAUGAAAGAGCGCCUGAAUGGAUAUCGAAUGCAAGAAAAACAGAGAGGAAGUGAACUAAAAAAAAUGUUAGAAAUAAACCAACAACAAUUGACAAGAAUGAGAGAACGAAUAAAUAAAUUACAAGGCCAAGGCGAACAAUUAAAGAAGGAAAAACAACAAGUUACUGAAAUGCAAAUUCAGUUAGAAAUAAGUCAGAAAGAAUUAGGGACAAUGAAAGAGAAACUGAAAGGAUUUCGAAUGCAGGGAAAACAAUUACAACAAGAAAAACAGAGAGGCACUGAACUAAAAAACAUGUUAGAAAUGAACCGACAACAAUUGACAAGAACGAGAGAACGAAUAAAUAAAUUCCAAGGCCAAGGCGAACAAUUAAAGAAGGAAAAACAAGAAAUUACUGAAAUGCAAAGUCAGUUAGAAAUAAGUCAGAAAGAAUUGGGGACAAUGAAAGAGAAACUGAAAGGAUUUCGAAUGCUGGAAAAACAAUUAGAACAAGAAAAACAGAGAGGCACUGAACUAAAAAACAUGUUAGAAAUGAACCGACAACAAUUGACAAGAAUGAGAGAAAGAAUAGAUAAAUUACAAGGACAAGGCGAACAAUUAAAGAAGGAAAAACAAGAAAUUACUGAAAUGCAAAGUCAGUUAGAAAUAAGUCAGAAAGAAUUGGGGACAAUGAAAGAGAAACUGAAAGGAUUUCGAAUGCUGGAAAAACAAUUAGAACAAGAAAAACAGAGAGGCACUGAACUAAAAGACAUGUUAGAAAUGAACCGACAACAAUUGACAAGAAUGAGAGAAAGAAUAAAUAAAUUCCAAGGACAAGGCGAACAAUUAAAGAAGGAAAAACAACAAAUUACUGAAAUGCAAAGUCAGUUAGAAAUAAGUCAGAAAGAAUUGGGGACAAUGAAAGAGAAACUGAAAGGAUUUCGAAUGCUGGAAAAACAAUUAGAACAAGAAAAACAGAGAGGCACUGAACUAAAAAACAUGUUAGAAAUGAACCGACAACAAUUGACAAGAAUGAGAGAAAGAAUAAAUAAAUUCCAAGGACAAGGCGAACAAUUAAAGAAGGAAAAACAACAAAUUACUGAAAUGCAAAGUCAGUUAAAAACAAAGAGCCAUGAAUUAACAAAUCUUAAAGAACAACUCACGGAGGAACGACGACGAGUUUUUGAGCUGCAAAACAGUUAGAAACCAACCCACAAGAGUUGGCAAGGGAAAGAGAACAGCUAAAUGAGUUUAAAAGAAAGGAAAAGUUACUAAGGAAGAAAAAACAGUACGUUUUGGAGCUGCAAAAUUAAUCAGAAACAAACCAACAAGAGUUGAUAACAAUAGGAGAUCAACUGAACGAAUUUCAUAAGCACGAGGAACUACUAAGAGAGAAACGUGAUCGAAUUAUUGAACUGCAAAGUCAACUUGAAGUAAUAGAACUUAUCGAGCAGCAAUGGGAAAACAACUCAACGGAAAUUAACAAGAAGGUGAACAAUUAACAGAGGAACUUCAUGAACGGGUUGUUAGACUCGAAGGUCAUUUAGAAGAAAGCCAGGAGGAACUGAUUAGAACGAGAGAACAACUGAAUCGGUUACAAAGACAAAGUGAAGAGUUGAGAGAGGAACAAAGAAGAGCUUCUGAAGUAGAAAAUCAAUUAGAAACAAGCCAACAAGAGUUGAUAACAAUGCGAGAUCAACUGAACGAAUUUCAUGAGCAGGAGGAACUACUAAGAGAGGAACGUAAUCGAAUUAUUGAACUGCAAAAAGAACUUGAAGUAAUCAAACUUGAUCGGGCAGUAAUGGAAGAACAACUAAAUGGAUAUCAACAAGAAGUUGAACAAUUAACAGAGCAACAUCAACUAGUUGUUAGACUCGAAGGUCAUUUAGAAGAAAACCAGGAGGAACUGAGGAGAACCAGAAAACAACUGAAUCGGUUACAAAGACAAUGUUAA